UUGCAUCCAUGCUGUCGCACACCGAUUUGAAUGGUUCCACUCGCACUUUAAAAGGGCAGCCGGAGCCUACGAGGUGCGGGAGAACGUCCUGCAGAAAGGAAAAAGAGCAAACACAAAGACCCGAACUGUUCACGAAACGGAUCGAGCCACCACACCGCCGCCUACUUCGAUCGACGAGCGUUCGUUGACCAUACGCACCGCGCCUGUACAAGGCAAUGCGGCGAGUCGGCUAACCACCACUUAGCUGUACCCCGCACAUGCGCGCGCGCGCACAUGCGUCACAAAUUGACGCGUCGGUUACUGUUCGGUCGGCGGUGCGUCGAGUACGGUUCACGCCGGAAGGCUUCAGUUGAGCGCAAGACGCCAACAGCAGCGCACCGGCCUGUCUAGUGGUUAAGGAACGAACUUGUGUGUUUUUGGUCGAAAAGCCAUUCCCUACCAAAGUGCAACGAUGGAAACGCUACUAGAGCUAGCGGCUAACGUGACGCUACUCCCGGUGGAGGAGUUUGCCGGACCGCAAGUUAGUUGGUUCGAGCGAAAGUGGAACGGUUUUUUGGACGUAAUCGGUGACGAUGUCGAUACGCUCUACAUGUGGUUCCUGACCGCGUACACGUACGGGUUCUUCUGGCUCGUCGGCGGGCUGUUCGUGCUGAUGGACGUGACCAACAAACCGUCGUUCUUGCGCAAGUUCAAAAAUCAACCCGGCGCUAACGAACCGCUCCCGUGGGCCAAGCUUAAAAAUCUGGUCAAAACGGUCGCCUACAACCAGCUGGUGUACGGGUUGCCGACGUCCUACCUGUCCUUCCGGGUGGGCAAGCUGAUUGCCGCCAGCAUUCCCGAUCCGCGCAUCCUACCAUCGCCGUACAUCAUUGUACGGGACGUGAUGGUGUGCAUUGUGGCGUGGGAAAUCACCUUCUACUACAGCCACCGGCUGCUGCACUCCAGCUUCUUCUACAAGCGCAUCCACAAGAAGCACCACGAGUGGUCGUCCCCAGUUGCCUGGGCGGCCAUGUACGCCCAUCCGUUCGAGUUCAUCAUCAGCGAUCUGCUGCCGGUGUAUGUGGGGCCCGCCCUCAUGACCAGCCACGUGUUCACGAUCGUCAUCUGGUUCACGUUCGUCAUGAUGGACACGCUGGUGGACCAUUCCGGGUAUCAUCUGCCGGUGCUCGGCAGCUCCGAAAUGCACGAUUACCACCAUCUCAAGUUCAACCAGUGCUACGGUUUGUUCGGCUGGUGGGACGGACUGCACGGCACGGACAGUGAGUUCCGCAAGAAGAAGCAGUACCAGAGGCACCAUCGCAUCUUCAGCCUCAAAUCGGCCCGCGAGCUCGUCCCGGAGCAUUAGCCGCCCGUUAGGAUAAGGCUAUAGGCAUCGAAGGAGCGCAGGAGUUUGCCAACCGAACCGAACCCACCAAGCCAUCCCUUCAAGGUUCAAAACGCAAGGUUUCGGGGUGGGACAGACCCUGCGAAACCUCUCCGGUGAGCUGAGCGGAAUUUAAAUGGACAUAAUUUAAAAACAAAUAACCAAUCGGCAUCACAGAGCGUGCUUUGAAAGGCGCUAGAGUGUGCUUGCGUGUGGUUUUGCGCGUCUGUGGUGCGUAGUCUAGCAGCGUCCCGUUUGGUACGCGCCAACUGUAUUAUUUACGGCAUAGUAUUAUCGUUAUACAUUAUACCUUUUUCUCCAGCUGCUCGUGGGGGUAUUUUUUGUUUUCCUUUGGAGGAACUGAUUUUUAAGUAACUUUUAGAAGAGAUGGGCUGUCAUCUUUACUGCUAACCAAUAACAACAAUGUCUCGUGGGCUCGUGGGUAAACACAAUGUUCAGCAAAAGCGGUGGUACAAUACACAAAACACUGAAACCGCACCAAAACAAACCCUAACUCAAACCGGUGCAGCCCGACAUUUCCUGUCUGGGCGUGUGUUUUGUUCUUUUUGCUUUGCUGGUCAUCAAUAAAAAUUCAUACAAAUAUACACACAUCCUUCGAAAACAACUCUCCCAAGUGGGGUGAUAGGAUGCUAAUCGGAAA